UCAGUUUUAAAAGAGAGUUUAGAAACAAGAGGUGUGCUGGGACAAAUAAAAGCUAGAAUAAGGGCAGAAGUUUUUACUGCAUUAAAUGAUCAGUCAGAAGCCAAACCUAAAUUAAGUCAUGAAAACGUAUUGAUUAAUGAGUUGAUUAGAGAAUAUUUAGAAUAUAAUGGUUACAAAUAUGCUGCUUCUGUUCUUGUAUCAGAAUCUGGGAUGAACCCUACAUCUUUAGAUAGAGAUUUUGUGAAAAACGAAUUAAAUGUGUGUGAAGAUGGCCCUUCUAAAUCUGUGUAA